CGCUCGGUCGGGCACGCCGCCCCAGUGCUCUGUGGGAUACUGGAAGUCUCGAGUGUCUCCUCCUGGUUCCCAGCCCUCCUCUGGCCUGCACUCAUAGAAACAGACACACACCCCCUGACUCCCCGCUCUUCCCUCUCCGCCUCCCCCUCCCCCCCCUCGCGAUAAGAAGACCCGGCGGCAGGAGAGGGGAUGAAGAUGGCGGACGCGAAGCAGAAGCGGAACGAGCAGCUGAAGCGCUGGAUCGGCUCGGAGACGGACCUCGAGCCUCCCGUGGUGAAGCGCCAGAAGACCAAGGUGAAGUUCGACGAUGGCGCCGUCUUCCUGGCUGCUUGCUCCAGCGGCGACACGGACGAGGUUCUCAAGCUGCUGCACCGCGGCGCCGACAUCAAUUACGCCAAUGUGGACGGACUCACUGCCCUCCAUCAGGCCUGCAUUGAUGACAAUGUUGAUAUGGUGAAGUUUCUGGUAGAAAAUGGAGCAAAUAUCAAUCAACCUGAUAAUGAAGGCUGGAUACCACUACAUGCAGCUGCUUCCUGUGGAUAUCUUGAUAUUGCAGAGUUUUUGAUUGGUCAGGGAGCACAUGUUGGUGCUGUCAACAGUGAAGGAGAUACACCUUUAGAUAUUGCAGAGGAGGAAGCAAUGGAAGAGCUACUUCAAAAUGAAGUUAAUCGGCAAGGGGUUGAUAUAGAGGCAGCUCGAAAGGAAGAAGAACGAAUAAUGCUUAGAGAUGCAAGGCAGUGGUUAAAUAGUGGUCAUAUAAAUGAUGUACGGCAUGCAAAAUCUGGAGGUACAGCGCUUCAUGUUGCAGCCGCUAAGGGCUAUACAGAAGUUUUAAAACUUUUAAUACAGGCAGGCUAUGAUGUUAAUAUUAAAGAUUAUGAUGGCUGGACACCUCUUCAUGCUGCAGCUCACUGGGGUAAAGAAGAAGCAUGUCGAAUUUUAGUGGACAAUCUGUGUGAUAUGGAGAUGGUCAACAAAGUGGGCCAGACAGCCUUUGAUGUAGCAGAUGAAGACAUUUUAGGAUAUUUAGAAGAGUUACAAAAGAAACAAAAUCUGCUCCAUAGUGAAAAACGGGAUAAGAAAUCUCCACUAAUAGAAUCAACAGCAAAUAUGGAAAACAAUCAGUCACAGAAGACUUUUAAAAACAAAGAGACUUUGAUUAUUGAGCCAGAGAAAAAUGCAUCCCGUAUUGAAUCUCUGGAACAGGAAAAGGUUGAUGAAGAAGAAGAAGGAAAGAAAGAUGAAUCUAGUUGUUCCAGUGAAGAAGAUGAAGAAGAUGACUCAGAAUCUGAAGCUGAAACAGAUAAGACAAAACCUGUGACUUCUGUAACUACUGCCAACACUUCUAGUACACAAGCAGCUCCUGUAGCUGUUACAACACCUACUCUGUCAUCAAGUCAGGCAACACCCACAUCACCUAUUAAAAAGUAUGAUUUCAUUGCUCCUAUCAUGCCUGUGGUGGAAUCAAUAGAUCCUGCAUCAUGGAGGCAGGGCUUGCGCAAAACUGGCAUUGUUCUUGUGCCCAAUAAGGGUGAAAAAUCUAUGUUUCCAACUUCAACUACAAAAAUUUCUCCCAAAGAAGAAGAGAGAAAAGAUGAAUCUCCUGCAUCUUGGAGGUUAGGACUUAGAAAGACUGGCAGUUAUGGUGCACUUGCUGAAAUCACAGCAUCUAAAGAGGCUCAGAAAGAAAAAGACACUGCAGGUGUUAUACGUUCAGCUUCAAGUCCCAGACUUUCCUCCUCUUUGGAUAAUAAAGAAAAGGAGAGAGAGAGUAAAGGAGCAAGGCUUGCAUAUGUUGCACCUACUAUACCAAGACGUCUAGCUAGCACAUCUGACAUUGAAGAGAAAGAAAACAGAGACUCUUUGAGUUUGCGAACAAGUAGCUCUUAUACAAGAAGAAAAUGGGAAGAUGAUCUUAAAAAAAACAGCUCAAUUAAUGAAGGAUCAACUUAUCAUAAAAGUUGCUCCUUUGGUAGAAGACAAGAUGAUUUGAUUAGUUCUAGUGUUCCAAGCACCACAUCAACACCAACAGUUACCUCUGCAGCUGGGCUUCAGAAAAGCCUGCUUUCCAGCACAAGCACUACUACAAAGAUUACAACGGGUUCUUCCUCAGCAGGCACACAAAGCAGUACCUCAAAUCGUUUGUGGGCUGAUGAUAGUACUGAAAAAGAAAAGGACAGUGUUCCUACGGCAGUGACCAUUCCUGUUGCUCCAACUGUUGUAAAUGCUGCAGCUUCUACCACAACCCUGACUACAACUACUGCUGGCACUGUCUCCUCCACAUCAGAGGUCAGGGAGAGACGCAGAUCAUACCUCACUCCUGUUAGAGAUGAAGAAUCUGAAUCCCAAAGAAAAGCAAGAUCUAGACAAGCAAGACAGUCUAGAAGAUCAACACAGGGGGUGACAUUGACUGAUCUUCAGGAAGCUGAAAAAACAAUAGGAAGAAGUCGUUCUACCAGAACCAGAGAGCAAGAAAAUGAAGAAAAAGAAAAGGAGGAAAAAGAAAAACAGGAUAAGGAAAAACAAGAAGAAAAGAAGGAGUCAGAAACAUCUAGAGAAGAUGAAUAUAAGCAAAAAUAUUCUAGAACAUAUGAUGAGACUUUCCCACGUUAUAGACCAGUAUCAACUUCAAGUUCAACCACUGCAUCCUCUGCCCUUCCUACAAUGACCAGUUCACUCUAUGCUUCAAGUCAACUAAACAGGCCAAAUAGUCUUGUAGGUAUAACUUCUGCUUACUCUAGAGGAUUAACUAAAGAAAAUGAAAGAGAGGGAGAAAAAAAAGAAGAGGAGAAGGAAGGUGAAGAUAAAUCACAGCCUAAAUCCAUCAGAGAACGACGGAGACCAAGAGAGAAAAGAAGAUCUACGGGAGUGUCUUUUUGGACACAAGAUAGUGAUGAAAAUGAGCAAGAACAACAAUCAGAUACAGAAGAAGGAUCCAAUAAAAAAGAAACUCAGACGGAUUCCAUUUCUAGAUAUGAAACCAGUUCCACUUCAGCUAGUGAUCGGUAUGAUUCCUUGCUGGGUCGCUCCGGAUCGUAUAGUUACUUAGAAGAAAGAAAACCAUAUAGUAGCAGGCUAGAAAAGGAUGACUCAACUGACUUUAAAAAGCUUUAUGAACAAAUUUUAGCUGAAAAUGAAAAGUUGAAGGCACAGCUACAUGAUACAAAUAUGGAAUUAACAGAUCUUAAAUUGCAGUUGGAAAAGGCCACCCAGAGACAAGAAAGAUUUGCUGAUAGGUCACUAUUGGAAAUGGAAAAAAGGGAACGAAGAGCUCUAGAAAGAAGAAUAUCUGAAAUGGAAGAAGAACUCAAAAUGUUACCAGACCUGAAAGCAGACAACCAGAGACUAAAGGAUGAAAAUGGGGCCUUGAUCAGAGUUAUAAGCAAACUUUCCAAAUAGAAAACAAACGAACAACACAGCAGGAAUUGCACAUAUUAAUAACCCAGUGGACCAUAAUUGGCAGUCACUGGAAGCCUGGGAAGAAUCCUUUGGAGACUGUCAUUUUUGGAUAUCCUGCCAAAUGCCCUCUUAUCUAGGAUUUUUGUUUUGUUUAAGUUUCUGGGUUUUGUUUUGUUUUUUUUUUUGUUUUGUUUUUUUUUGUUUUUUUUUUAAUCAAGACCAUUGUUUCAUGUUAAUGCAGCUGCUGAGAAGUUUUGGGGAUUUUUGGAUUUUUUUUUUCUUUAAAUGACUGAGAAAACUUGUUUACAGCUCCAGCAUAUAAGGAAAGUGUUCAAGGCCAGAUAUGCCUCAGAUAUUUAACCAGUAAGCCUUAGUUGUACAUAAAUACUUUUGUGUCAACAAAAACUUUCAGCUCUCACAGAAGACAGUUAUUCAACAUUUUUCCAUGUGCCACGUUUCCAGUUUUUUAAUAUUUAAUUUUUUUGCUUUACUCUAAGUUUGGGUUUGUAUUUUUUCCUUCUAACUCUUCAUGUGGCAGAGUCUUCUAUGUUUUCCCAGCUUUCUUAUUCAUGGAAGAGAAUAUUUGCCCUUCUGAGAUUAUUGUCAUGUGUUAGGCUAAUGUGUUGUCUCCCACCUGGAACUGAAUUGCUUGGUGGAACAUUUGCUUUCACUGUUUGUGCAAUAUGCAUUUAUUUCUUAUAUGAAUGCUUUAAGUCAGUUGAGAUUAGAUCUUUUAAGUUCUAUUUUCUGCCUUCUAUUGGUCACUUUUUGUUUUUGUUUUUUAUUGUAGUAUGUUAGAUUCUGUAAUCUUCACAUUCAUUUUAGCAGGUACUGAGUGAUGCUGUAAAUAUAAAUAAGUGUAUUGUUUUGAUUUUUAGAACACCACAUGGCAUGCUUGACUAUUUUCUUAUUUCAGAUGUCUGUUAAUGCAAAGUAGGCUACUCCAUGAUAGUGUUAAAAACAAAAUGUGCUAACAAUGUGAUAUAAAGACUUUAAAAGUUAUACAUUAUGUGGAGCCCUAUCUUUACAGAAAUUUUCUACUGUAAAGUGCUUUUACUUUUAUUUUCAGUUUUCAUUUUCUAGUAUUCCAACAUAAUUAAAAUUGCAUAAGAUAAUUGCUUCACAUUUCACAUACCUAUAUUUAUCUGAGUGCUGUCUAAAACUGUUGUGCUAGCCAAAGUAAUGCUAUGAAAUCAUUUGUAGACUUAACCCGUGAGUUAAUGUUAAAUGCACUGUUUUUGCCAUGUGAAGAGGCAUUGACUUUAAUACCACCAUCAUGUUCAGACCAUUUUAUACAUUUCAGUGGCCUUUUUCUAGGGGGAAAAAAAAAAAAGCAAAACCAAUUACAUAGUGAAGAUGGCUUUUAUUUGGACAAAUAGCUUUUAUAUUUUCAUUAAAUCAUGCAAAAAUAUUACAUCUUUCUGGCACAUAACUGUCUCUUUAACCACUGAACAGUUCAGCCAUUUGAAUAAAUUGUACAUUGUAAAGCUUAUUGUAGCUGAUUGUAUUAUUCAGUGUAUUGUAUACUAUAUUAAAUGUGAAUUUGUACCUCUUCAUUUUAAAA